CUUGUUAAUUGAAAACUCCACAAUGGGAACAUUAGUAAGGUUUUUGAUAUACAUAGUUUUCUUCGGUUUUCCCAUUGUGCAAAGCAACUGUACCCAUGAUUGUAUGUACGACACUUGGCUGAGCUGGGAUUGCGCCUGUGAUAAGUCGCUUCAGAAAAGAAUACGAAAUAUGUGCUGUCCUCGUGGACCCAAAACUAGAGAAGAAUGUGCCAACAGAUGCAACCUAACUCUGCACUGGCGGGGAACGUCACCGUGUGAUAAAUGUCACAAUGGAGGUGUCUAUGACAAACACGUAAAACGAUGCAGUUGUCCACCGACAUACAAAGGAAUUCUCUGUUGUGAUGCGGUACGGUGUGAUGAAAAUCCGUGCAGACAUGGCAAGUGUAACGACACAGAGACACCACUCUUCUGCACGUGUGAUCCGGGAUACACGGGAACCAUUUGUGACAAAGAAGUACAAACUCUACCUCCUUGGCUGCCUUAUCUGGAGUAUGCUAUCAUCACUGUGACAGGAAUGGUCAUUUUGAUGACUAUAGGAUGCGCCUGUUUUAAAUUGGUCCAGGUGCUAGGAUCUCGAUCAAAAAACGAACGGGAAGAGAAAAAACACAGAAGCUUCAGACAGGAAAGAAAACAAUCCAAAAGAAGUCAAGUAUUGCCUAAAUCAAUGGAUUUUUAAUAUGUGUGUGGGGAUUUGAUACACCGACAUGCAAUGAUAAUUUGAUUUAAAUGUGAUGUUUUGUUUAUACCCAAGUGACAAAUUUAUUGAAAUGUAAAUUGUUCCACUUUUACUGGACGAGUUUUUCAAAGAUCCACACAGAAAAACAAACCGAUUUUCAUUUCUCAAGGUUAUCAUAUAUUCGUUGUGUAAAUUAUUGACAUAGACUAAUUAUGCAACACAUCUUAUCAUAUGGAUUAAAGUGAAACUUAGCUGUACCCUCUAAUCUCUACAGCCUAUCAAUUCAACUCCUAGACACAAUCAAUCAAUGAAACCCCAGUCAUCAGUAUUGAUCAUAUCAGAUCCCACACGUAAACGCAGACACUAACUACACUUUUAAGUUUACUUUGUUGGUAAUUCGCUCAUAUUAUUGUGAUCCUUAUUGAAGUAUUCACUGUUCGAACUUCACGUAAAUACAUCACGCGGCCCUUAUCUAUAUCAUUUUUCAAUGUUGUCUGAUUUAUUAGCAAUGAUUAACAUUGACAAUCACUUUAUCAUGUCCUUGGUGUAUCACUAUAAGAAAGUAUAUUAUUUGUUAGCACACAAGACGUAUUCAUAAUGGAAUUCAAGAAAUUUCCGCGCUCAUUUACCAAAUCCUGAGAAAAUGGCAUUCUGGAAUAAAAUGAAGACAAUUAACACUAUUCUUUCGAUUGUUAAAAUGUGUUAACAACUGUUUGUAGCAUUAUCUUGGUAAACAUACUGUAUAGAGGAAUAUAUUUACAAUGACCGAAAGCAAUUAUAG